UUUUCCUUGUCUCUUUUUUUGUUUGUGUGUGGAUUUAGAGCUAUGUAAGGACACCGUCAAUGUUUUCUAGUUUCUCUAUCCGAUGAAUUUUUUGCUAAUACCAAUUCAAAAUUUCCCUUUCAUUUAGUGAUUCCCCUCUCAUCUCACCAUUCUUUUGAUCUUUCAAGCGGGUAUAACCGUAUGAGCCGUAUAGGGCUUGCAAAAUGGUUUGUUUGAGAUGUAGAUGAUGCUGUAGUGGGAUUUAGAAGCAACAAGACAAUUGUCUUUGAAGGCGUGAACAUACAGUAGUAGGAAAAGAGAGCCACGGUAGAUGUUUCAAAAUCAAGGAGCCUCUUCAAAAAGUUGUAGUCUUAUUGCAAUAUUGUGUUGGAGAAAUAUUGAAUGGCAAUACCAGCAACAUUGAACCAGUACUACAACUCUUUGAAUAAAUCAGAAAUUAAGAUGGGUGCAACAGGAAACUCCCCAUGCGCUUCAUGUAAGCUGCUGAGACGCCGUUGUGCAAAGGAUUGCAUAUUUGCUCCUUACUUCCCUUCUGACGAUCCUCACAAAUUUGCCAUUGUUCAUAAGGUCUUUGGUGCCAGCAAUAUCAGCAAAAUGUUACAGCAGGAGGUUCCGGUUAAUAAAAGAGCGGAUGCAGUGAGCAGUUUAGUGUAUGAAGCAAAUGCAAGGAUGAGAGAUCCUGUAUAUGGCUGUGUUGGUGCAAUAUCCUACUUACAAAACCAGGUUUCCCACCUUCAAAUGCAACUUGCAAUAGCUCAAGCUGACAUCCUUUCUUCUACUAAUGUGAUCAGCAAUAGUAUGAACAAGAUAAUGUAUUACAGUUUAAAGAUUAGAUUUAUUAAUUUUUCCGGAGAAGAUGGUGACUUGGUAAGUCAACCUAGCAUGUGAGAGGUGAAAUAUAAAUUUAUAGUAGUAAGGUAAGAAUAGGUUUUCACAAACAUUAUUCUUAUUAGUAUGUCAGAUUGAUUUACAUAUCCAAUUAGUGCAAUGGGGAAUGGCACCGUCAAUACAUAUCAGAUAAGUACUACUCCUAGUAUAUAUAUGCACUGUAUAAACGAACACUUCAGAUUUAAUUUUGUUUCCACUCAAUAGUAUUCAGUAUUCA